CUUGGGACAUAGAGAAAGUCAUCGCAAUGUGCACUCAGGAGGAGGAGAGGAUUAAGGCCUCACAUGGUGGAUCUAUCAACUAUGUGAAGGAUAAGAAGAAGGGCUUUCCGCCCAACAAGGCUUCUCCCUCCAAGCCACAGGGCAAUGGCAAUGGCAAUGGCAAUGGCAAAGCUCCUGUCUAUUUUCAGCAUAGGCACAUUCCAGUGGACAGGGAAACUUGCGUCCACUGUAAGGAGAAAGGGCACUACAAGAAGGAUUGCCCUGUUUUUCUAAAGACCUUCAUGGCGAAGAGAGGGAUUCAGUUCGACGAUAACUUUGCCAAGAAAUUCAAGAGGAAUUGAAGUUGCGAACGGUGUCCAAGCCGAAGUUGAAGCUGUGGGUGACGUCUCCUUGGAGCUAGCCGGUGGUUUCAAACUUCUGCUUAGGGAUGUGAUUUUCGUACCUUCAUGUAAUAGGAACUUAAUAAGUGUUUCCUGUUUAGACAAAGAUGAUUAUCAAUGUUUCUUUGGACAUGGCAAAUGCGCCAUUUGGUCUCAUAAUGAUUAUGUUGGGGAUGCAUUUCUUCAUGAUGAGCU